AAAAUAGUCGGCACGGCCACUUUCUGACAUCCACCAGCGCCGAGCAGAAGCAGAAGCAACCUGAUCAAUAUACCACCACAUCACUCCGAGCGAGGCGAGCGGUGGCGGCGCAGUGUGCGGCUGCAGUGUAGUAUUUGUGUGCGUGCGGAACAUCGUGGCGUGGAGCUGGAUGGCGGCUCUGCUGUGAGAGCGCCCUACAAUGAAAUGGUUGCCGCCGCCGACGCUCGUCCUGCUGGGCUGCUGCUUGUUCUGCCUGCUGGGCGCCGCGCUCGCUCAGCUAGGUGACCCCUACAAGAUCCUUGGCCUGCAGCGGUCUGCCACCCCGGCGCAAAUUCGCAAGUCCUAUCUGAAACUCGUCAAGGAAUGGCAUCCGGAUAAAUCAGCAGAUCCGUCUGCUCAGACGCGUUUCGUUGAGAUAAAACAAGCGUAUGAGUUGCUGAGUGAUCCAGACAGGCGUUUCAAGUAUGACCAGAAGGGUAUAACUGAAGAACAACUUCACAAUCGAGAGUAUUAUCAUUAUACACCCACGCCAACGCCCUUUGAGGAACUCUUCCAGAAUGGGCACUUUAAUUUCCAAGAGAAUGAUAUCACAUUCUUUCAUAAACUGUCGAUUACAACCAGACAAUAUGAUAAAGGUAUCCUACCAAAGAGCGCCCGUACACCAUUCCUGAUAUUCUUCUACACGGAUUGGUGUUUUCCCUGUCUGCAAACCGCGCCGUAUUUGCGAAAACUUGUUGAUUAUCUGGAACCGCUCGGUGUGAAUCUAAAUACAGUACAUUCAGCUCGUGAACCAAGUUUGGGUCGAAGAAUGAAUAUCCACGGUUUGCCUUGUCUUGUACUCCUUCUGGAUGGUAAUACCUAUGUGUAUAAAGAUAGCCUGACGAGUAUUCAGCGUAUAAUUGAGUUCAUACGUCGCAAACUACCUUAUAAUCUGGUGCAGAGGAUACACGAUGGUGAAACUGAAGAGUUUUUGAAUGGAUGGGAGGAUAAUCGUGUGCGGGGGCUUAUUUUUGAGCCAAGGGAUAACAUUCGCCUUCGAUAUUUGAUUACUGCCUAUCAUUUUAGGGAUCGUGUUGCGUUCGGUUUUGUAGAAUCUAAUGAAAUACGUGAAAGAUACCAAGUGUCGCGUGAAAUGGACACUGUUUUGCUGUUUAAUGAGAAUACAACGCGGCCGGUGGCAAGUGUAAGCAUGAAGGACAUUCCAACCACCACGUUGCAUCAUAUUAUUUCGUCGCAUCAAUAUCUUGCGUUGCCACGACUUUCUUCACAGGAAGUUUUGGAGUCGUUGUGUCCAUGUGAAUGGAACAAACCACGAAAACGUCUGUGUGUUGUAUUAGUGACACAAGCAUCCAGCAGUCAUGAUGUGCACAGACAGGCGUUCCGAAGUUACGCGCAGGCAGCGCCCUACAGUGCCGAAAAAGUACGAUUCGCGUACAUUUAUCAUGACAAACAGUCGGAGUUCGUCAAUUCGUUAAUUCCAGAUGGCGAAGAUGUCGAACCAAUUCUUCGCAUUGUCAUCAUCUGGCGCAUUGAUACCACCCAUGUAAAAUACGAAUGGGUGCGUGACAAAUGGGAAUCCGAGGAGAAUUUCAACGAUACAACACAGAAACUUGAAACUACCAUCAGCCGUCUUCUUAGGUCAUCUGAAGCUUUAACAUAUGAAGCAUUCGUCAAGGAAUUAUUUGAUGAACAUGCCAAAGGCAUCUUUGGCCGCAUAUUUACGAAACUGAUUAUCAUGACGAGCACGAUGUAUGACAGCCUGGACAAGGAACAAUUGCUUCCUGCGUUGUCCAUAGUUGGCACUGUGGUGUUUAUUGUUAUACUUGGUUAUGUCAUGGCGUAUCUAGUCAAGUUGGAGGAGGAAAACGUGCAGAAACAAACGGCGAAAAUGGCGAAGGGUAAUAACAAUAACGAAGCAGGCGGUCCUACUGGUUCCGCUCCCGGUUAUCAACCGGAAUUAAAACUGCACGAGUUACGCGCUGAGAAGUAUAAUGGAUUGGUGCGCUUAUUGAAGCCUGGAUGUCGAACAAUUCUCUUGGUUUUGGACAUGCAGUCGCGGCAGACGCUCAUUCCGCCGUUUCACAAAGCCAUGUGGCCUUACAGGAAGAAUAAGACGCUGAUGUUCUCGUACAUGUUUGUGGAGCGCGGGCUCAGCUGGUACAAGGAAAUUCUGGAGCUGUCUCUACCCGAAGGCACCGAGUUGAAUAUCAAUCCGCGUAACUGCGUGGGUACCGUACUUUCACUCAAUGGACACCGGAAGUACUUUUGCAUGUUUCACGCCAAGCAUACCGAGCGACCUAAACGGAUAAAGGCCAAUCAAAAGUCGACCAAGUUUGAACGCGACCCGGAAGCGGGACGUUUUCUUGGUUUCGAUACGGACUCGUCCGAAUCGGAAACGGACGAAGUACUGCUGCAGGGUAACCUGCUCGAUGGGUUGCCUAACUGGUUGGAUCGGCUCUUUGAGGGCACCACCCAUCGCUAUCACAUCAACUAUUGGCCCGACUUUCCCAACAAAUGAUCGCCGCGGUCUUGGUUUGUGCAUUUUUUUCAGUUGGCGCAUAUACCGAUGCGCCUCGUAAGGUAAACUAUUAAGACAUAUACGCCCCAUUUCUACCCUCCUCUUCCUCGCCAAUUCGAGUGGAUUCAUAUCUAAUACGACCGCGAUGUUGAAUCGAUACAAAUUUUGGCAGCUACGUAGAAAUUCUUUACAUUGCACCUCUAUCUCGAGUAUUGUGCACACAUCAUACAGCAUUCAUGCAAGCAUACACAAUUUGGGACUAAACCUAACCUAAUCCUGCGUUAGGUGAGGUUAUGUGGCUCUCUAGUCAGAGGAUUCAGAAUGACCGAGUGUAAACUAAUGGUAUAAAUUUAAGGUUAAGUUUCUAGUGCUAGGUUAAGUAGGGAAAUGAACAAUCAUCACAUACAUACUUAGACAAGACACACACAAACAUACAUACGUUGAAUUCAUUCUCAGUUUUCAUUUGAUUUUAUUUAUUGCAUCCACACACACACACACAGACAAUUCGACAUUUCGUAGUUAGUUUUAAAGGAUUGUUAGUAUAAAGCCUUAUUGAAACCAAAUGAACAAAAUUCGAGCGUAAAAAUCGUUGAAAAUUUUUUACUCUAUCGUAUGCGCCUACGCAGGUCACGUUGAUCUCGCCGGCUUGCGUUUCGAUUUUAUUGAUGUUGAUGAUUAUCUUGAUAUAAGUCCAGAAGAAAAUGCAAACCAACCCUGGUGUAGUGUAUCCGACUUGUAACUGAUAAUACUUGAUAUACUGAUAGUGAAAUUUUGUACAUUACUAAACGGUUCACAUAUUUAAAUCUUCAACCAAACUAAUAAAAUGGAAGCGAAAUAUAAUCUAAUUAUAUAUUGAUUACAUAUAUAUAUUGAUAGUUUAAAACGCGUUUAAAGAUAAGCAUACGAAUUAGUCUUGCUUUUACUUUCGGACAUCAGUGAAGCAGCGUGUAGCAAGACAACACGGCACGCGAAUUUUUCAAAUAUUGUAUAUUACAUGAAUAAAAAACAUUGAAAUGAUUAAAA